AUGAGUGACAACAGUACCCCAGCUAGCAUGGAUGUCUCGUCGGUCUUCGACGAUAUGGACUGGAAGCUGGGACAAUUGAUGAUGAUGGGGUUUGACGGGACAGAGGUGACCUCGCAAAUCAAAAAGCUCAUCGAGGAUCAUCAUCUUGGGACAGUUCUUUUGACCGCCAAAAAUCUUAAGAAUGCUGAGCAGACUGCAAAGCUGGUCUUGGAUUUGCAGACUAUCGCGCAUAACGCAAAGCAUCCAGUACCGCUAGCCAUAGCACUUGACCAGGAAAAUGGAGGUGUCAACAGCCUUUUUGACAUUGACUAUGUCCAGCAAUUUCCCAGUGCAAUGGGUAUAGCUGCCACAGGAUCAACAGAGAUGGCGCUAGAGAUUGCUAAAGCUACCGCUGAGGAGCUCGAGGCAGUUGGCAUCAACUGGAUCAUGGGACCCUGUCUAGACGUCUUAACUAAUAUAAAAAAUCAGCCUCUUGGAGUCAGGUCAUCUGGAGACGAUCCAGACGAAGUGUCACGAUUUGGCAUUGCUGCGAUGAAUGGCUACAAAGAAGCAGGUCUGGCAACCUGUGGCAAGCAUUUUCCAUCGUACGGCAACCUAGAGUUUCUUGGAUCCGCUCUUGACGUUCCGGUUAUCACAGACUCUUUAGAACAAUUGAGCGCGAAUGCCCUUGGCCCUUUUCGCGAGGCCAUCUCACGAGGUAUUGAUGCAAUGAUGGUCGGAGGAUGCGCAUUGUCGUCCGCUGGUGUGGAGACGAUGCAUGCUUGCCUCUCUGAUCAAGUCAUUGAAGACUUGUUACGGAAGGAGAUGGGCUUUAAAGGGGUUGUCAUCUCUGAGUGCCUUGAGAUGGAAGCGCUGACUAACAACAUUGGCAUCGGUGGUGGUGCUGUUAUGGCACUCAAUGCUGGCUGUGAUCUCAUCAUCGUCUGUCGCUCGUUUAAGGGGCAACAGGAGGCCUUCAGCGGCCUCAAGGCUGGCUUGGACAAUGAUCUAAUCACUCCAGAACGAAUUCAACAGUCAUUGUCACGAAUGCUCCAUAUAAAGUCAAAGUGUAUGAGCUGGGAAAAAGCGCUUGCCCCGGGUGGAGUAGCAUCACUUUCGCCCCUCCAGCCUUUGCAUGCUCAGCUAUCGGAGAAGGCAUACAAUUCUUCCAUAACUGUUGUUAGGGACAAGGAGCGACUAUUGCCGCUCUCUAAGCUCCUAGAAGCUGAUGAUGAGCUUCUACUCCUGACACCUGUGGUGAAACCACUACCGGCUUCCGCGCAGUCACAGGCCUUGAAUUCCAGCGGUGACUCGCCGGAGCCGCCGACUGCCUCCUGGCAGAAGGCGCCUGGUAUGAGUGGAGAAAAUGUAUUCCAGGAACUAGGUCGGUCUCUAGCUCGUCAACGUGGGGGCCGAGUACUACAUACUUCGUACACCGCUAAUGGAGUCCGACCUAUGCAUGAAAAUCUUAUCAACCGAGCAAGCGCAGUAGUUGUGGUCACUGCCGACGCAAAUCGGAAUUUGUAUCAGCAUGGGUUCACAAAACACGUCUCGAUGAUCUGCAGACUGUCUCAAAGAGGAGACAAACGAGAGAAGCCUCUAGUCGUGGUUUCGGUAAGCUCGCCGUAUGACUUUGCUAUGGAGUCUUCGCUAGGAACGUACAUCUGCACCUUCGAUUUCACAGAGACUGCAUUGCAAGCACUAGUCAACGUUUUAUACGGUGCAUUCAAACCGACUGGAAGUCUUCCAGGCAGUCUUCGACAGAACCAAAAAGUACAUCAGUCAAAGCAGCGCUGGCUCGUGGAACUUUGGGACCGGGAGCGUGACGCUCAUGGUCUUGAUGCACUUUUGAUGAAUGUACAUGAGCAAGACGCAGAUCAGCCGUCAGUGCUCGCUCAUUGUACCCACAAAAGCUUUCUUCUGAAUCUCGUUCCUGAGCAGCACUUUGUUGUCCGCAAUACCACCACGCAAGCUUUAUAUGGCUUUUGCCCCACGUUCUUCUUCGAAUCCACUGGGACUGGAGUCAUUGGACCAAUUCUCGUCGAUCCUGAGCGUCGCAAUUUGUCCAUCGGUCAAUCCUUGCACAAACGAGCAGUCAAGGCUUUACUUCAGAGGCAGGGCAUCAAGCGCUUACAGCUCGGCUCGAGACUCCCAAAUAUAUACUUGGGAAUCCCAAAUCAUAACCCACUUGAGCGUAAGUGGCUCCGCCAGUGGUUUGAUAAUCUCGGGUGGGGCGAGUCGCCAUCCAGACCUGUUUGUAGCAUGUUGCUACCAAAUCUCCAGUCAUGGAGCCCGCCAGAACGGCUCACAGCCGCAAUGAACAGCACGGAGGUGGAGUUUGAUCUUAUUCAAGGCGUGGAGCAUGCGGGCCAGGUGCAAGACCUUGUGCGCACCAGCUCGCGGCUCGGUGUGAUGGAGAUUUAUGGCCUAGCGCUCGCUAACCAAGCGGGCUGUGGAAUUGUGAGGGCGAAGAGGCGAGCAGACGCGGUGUUGCUUGGAGCGGUUGUGCUAUACGGGGCUAGUUCCAGUUGCGCAGACGCCAUGCCCGGCAUCAACAGCGUCAACAGUGACGCAGAUGUGGUAGGAGGCAUCUCAAGCCCGGUGGUAUCUCCCAGCGCGGGAGAUUUCUCAACGGUGCUGCAAGGGCUGAUACUGCUCGGCAUCAAGCAGCAUCAAAAGCAGGGCUCUACGGCUGUGUUGCUCGAUUACGUUGAUGACGACGGCAACGUAGACAACUUCUCGGCGAUGGGGUUCAAUGUGCUGGAUAGCUUUGACGAGAUCUCUUGCGGGGUGGGCACAUUUCAAACGGUAUCUUAG